AAACGAGCAGCUAGACUGCUAGAACACACUGAAACAAACACACGCUAAAACGUGCGCUAGAGCAUAUUCACUGGCGGGCAAAGCACCUCACGACUCAAGUUAUCACUCUGAUCAAACGCUUUCGCUGAAACUGAGUUUAAACCAGAGGUUAAUGUUCCUUGAACUCCUAUAUCUGUUUUAUUUAUGGUAUUUUGAAUGUUGUUUGAGACUAUAAUGAUGGGUAUCAGAGGUAAUUAAUAUGCGCAACUUGGGCCGGAUGUGCGACGAAACAGGAAGGCAGUGAUUGAUUGAUUGCAAACCAAGAUGCCUUUUUUUUUAAAUCGUGGUUAUUCGAACCUUUUUUUUCCUUCGAUUUUUCUAUUCUAUUUCAAAAAUAAUGCAACAUAUUAUAGCGUAAAACUGAUAUCGAUCUACUGCCGUGCUCAUUUUCCACGCUAGUCUUGUUGCUGUAGCGAGGGGGACCAAAAGUCAAUGUUGCGUCUGAGAGCUUUGUCUGACGUCCUAUUGGCUCAUUUCUACAAUUAGUCUUUUGUUGAACGUCAAUUGAUGACAAACACCAGAAAAAUGGAAUUUGUAACCAGACUCGAUGUAAUGACACAUUGCGCUUAGUUCCCAACUGCGUGUGCGGCGUGUACCGUACUUCACUAAACAAACUAAAACACUAGAAGACUGAAAAUGGCUGCCCGAGAUAGAACGGAGAGUAAAAUCAAAUACGAGCCAGCAACUGAAGAAGAUCAACUAAAGACAGGCAACUGUUGCGCCAGAACCAAGUCGUGGUUUACGCAGUUCCCAAGAGCAACAUGGCCUAUUUUGGUUACCGAGUUUGGAGAACGUUUCUCAUAUUAUGGCAUCAAAACUGUGCUUGUGCUGUACCUAACCAAAGAUCUGAUGUUCAACAAGGCCGAUGGGAAGACCAUCUACCAUGCCUUUAGUAUGACAAGCUACUUCACUGGGGUGAUUGGCGCCAUGAUCGCUGACAGCUUUCUUGGUAAAUACAGGACCAUCGCCUACACUCUGUUCGUCUAUUCUUUAUCGGAGAUGCUGUUGACCGCUACUAGUGCAGACACUAUUGGCAACCGAUCUUCUAUUGGUCCCCUGAUUGCUCUGUUCCUGAUGGCCAUUGCAUGCGGUAACAUCAAGCCAUGUUUAGCUGCGUUUGGUGGUGAUCAAUUCCGCGCUGAUCAGGAACAUCUUCUAGAUCUGUUCUUCGCUAUGUUUUAUGCCUCCGUCAACGUUGGUGCUGUCCUCUGCAUGUACUUCAUUCCGAUAGUCAGGACUGAUGUACAGUGUUAUGGCAGGGACUGCUACCCCGCUGUGUUUGGCAUCAACACUGUUCUUAUUAUCGUGGCUUUUUUGGCAUUCAUUGGUGGGAAGCGUAUGUACACCUUAAAAGACCCAGCAGGGAAUGUGUUCAUCAAAGUUAUCAAAAUAGUUGGGCAUGCACUAGGAAACAAGAUAUCUGGAAGUGGUCCUCCUAACACCACUCACUGGCUGGACAAUGCUCUGGACACUUAUGAGCAAAAAGAAGUCAACGAUGUUCGCAUGUUGUUGCGUGUUCUCGUCAUGUAUAUACCACUACCUGUAUUCUGGGCGUUGUUCCAUCAACAGGGAUCCAGUUGGACUCUUCAAGCAGAGCAGAUGGACGGCGAUUUGGGUCCACUUGGUACACUACGAUCGGAUCAGAUUCAGGCUCUCAACCCUAUCCUGGUUCUGAUCUUGAUUCCUUUGUAUGAUGCUGUUAUCUACCCAAUGUUUGAACGAUGUCAAUUCCCCCUGAGUCCCUUGAAGCGAAUGACGGGAGGUCUUGGUCUUGCGGGCGUGGCUUUUGUCAUCUGUGCGUUCGUCCAAAUCAAGAUCCAGACGGUAGGUGUUGGUCCUUCCAUUCCAUCUUCGGGUCACACAAGCGUCCAGUUCAUCAACACCAUUCCAUGUGAUGUCAGUAUUAAUCCUACCUCCUUCUUUAGAGUGGAUCUCAAGUAUGGCGAGAGAUCUCAAGUCUAUGAAGGACAGUUUGGUAUGAAUAGUUUUCGAAUAACUACAAUGAGCUGCAAUAUCACUGAAGAUACAGUAACCAAGAUUCUAGAAGACCAAACUGUAGUGAGUGCUGUAAUCGGCUUCAACGACAAGAAUGAGCCUACCAUGUCACAGCACACGAUGAAACUCCCUGGAGUAGACAUUGAGACUGCUGUCAGUCGUGUCAGAAUACUGUACACGUCUAAUGAUAAGAUGACCGAACAAGUUGACAUCAAACUUGAUAAUGUCAUCGAUGACAAAAAAUCAACAGUCUUGAAGAACAUGUCCUCGUCGACUGACAAGUAUCAAGAUAUCCCUACAGGAGAGUAUGUAAUCAGCGAGCUCAUCGGUCGCAAGGGCAACACUUCAACUGUAUACAAACCCAAGUCCUCUAAAAGACUCAAGUUGGCUAAUUUUGGUGCCUUCACACUCGUCAUCAGUCCAUCCAAGGAUGGCAAGUUUGAUGUACACAUCUUCGAGGACGCACCAGGCACAUCUGUGUCUCGACUGUGGCAGGUCCCUCAGUACAUCGUCCUUACAGCAGCAGAGGUCAUGUUCUCCGUCACCGGUCUUGGCUUUGCUUACUCGCAGGCCCCUGCAUCCAUGAAGUCCGUUCUCCAGUCGUUUUGGCUUUUGACAGUGGCUUUUGGAGACUUGAUUGUCGUCAUUCUUUCCUCUGCUAAACCUGUCAGGGGCGUGGAGAAAGAAAUGUUUCUUUACGGUGGUCUGAUGGGUGUUAUCAUGAUCAUCUUCGGUAUCAUGUCCUACUUCUACAAGUACGUCACGCUAGAGGAGGUCUCUGCCUCUGAACACGUGUUGAGCCACGAACCCAACGGUGAAAUACCGCUUGAAGAGAAAUUCUCUGACCACGAAGACACCAAGAUAUAGAACAUAUAUCCAACCAGUCGAUUCAUUAUGUGAUUGCUUGAUUGUCAUUUUUAGCGUUUUAAGCUUUUCUUUUUUUCUUUCUUUUAAUUUUCUUUCUGCAUAACUUGACAGUAACUUGGGUUUAUGAAGGAAUGUUUGACGUCAAAACCGACCCAGUCCUCACUCGGACGUACAGAAUAAAUUAAGCAAUAAUCAACUAGAUGCAACCGCUGACCGACAACUUGAAAUCGACACUGAAUUUUGUAGAAUUAAAACUAAAUAAUAAUAAAUAUAUAUAGUAUUUUG